CUCAGUGUUGGAGCCACUCACCAGGGCGCGAGGCAUCCAGUCCGGGUCGCUUCACCUGUGUCAUGACUUCACUGCGUGAACUGUGACUUGCAGCGGUUCAAAUGCUCAUUGCGGUGCGGUGCGUUGUGUUGCUCAGCUGACGGACACGCUCUUCUUCGGUGAACUCUGCGUAACCGCUUGGAGCCGACGCGCCGGAGCUGUGAGGGUGGUGUCAGUUGUGUCCGAGCUGCACGUCCGCUGGAACGAUGAUGUCCUACAUAAAGCAACCUCAUUACACCAUGAACGGCUUAAAUCUGCCUGGUCCUGGGAUGGACGUGCUCCACACGACUGUCGCGUACCCGUCCACUCCUCGGAAGCAGCGCAGAGAGCGCACGACCUUCACCAGGACGCAGCUGGACAUCCUGGAGGCGCUCUUCUCCAAAACGCGCUACCCGGACAUCUUCAUGAGGGAGGAGGUGGCCCUGAAGAUCAACCUGCCUGAGUCCCGGGUGCAGGUUUGGUUCAAGAACCGUCGUGCCAAGUGUCGCCAACAGCAGCAGCAGAGCAGCGGCCAGUCCAAACCCCGGCCUCCCAAGAAGAAGGCCUCUCCCGUGCAGGAGCCCAGCGCCCCCGACCCGCUUCCGCUUCCCAACCCGUCCAGCUCCUACAGCCCCUCCCCCGCCCAGUCCGGGCCCACGCUGGCGCAGAGCUCCGGCGCCGGGAACGCGGCCGUGUCCAUCUGGAGCCCGGCCAUCUCGCCCCUGCCCGACCCCCUGGCCUCCUCCUCGGCCCCCUGCAUGCAGCGGCCCUCGCCCUACCCCAUGAGCUACGGCCAGCCGUCGGCCUACGCUCAGGGCUACGCCAGCACCACCUCCUACUUCACCGGCCUGGACUGCAGCGCCUACCUGUCGCCCAUGCACUCGCAGCUGUCGGCCACCGGGGGCGCUCUCAGCCCCAUCACCGUGCCCUCCAUGGGGGGCUCCCUGAGCCAGUCCCCGGCCUCGCUGUCCUCGCAGGGCUACAGCACGGCCUCCUCCCUGGGCUUCACCUCUGUAGACUGCCUGGACUACAAGGACCAGCAGGCCUGGAAACUGGGCUUCACCACCAUGGACUGUCUGGACCACAAGGACCAAAACUCCUGGAAGUUCCAGGUCCUCUAGAAAGCGAGAAGCUGUCGUCUGUGAGUGUGAAGGACUCGGUGUCGUUCCACGACAUCAGAGACGAGGGGACGGUGACUGCGAGAGACUGACAAACAAAGUUACAAUAAACUACGCUGUGACACAGCUUCACAACAACACGUGUUCAUGUUGUUUAAACCUGCAUUACUGUUUAGUGGAGCUGAGCUGCUUUAACACAAAAGGGGUUUUCAACUAUUUUAGGCCACUUCCUGUUUCAGGGUUUACUUGUCUGAAUUUAUUUAUUAUUGUUUUAUGCUACUUGUGUAGAAUACAUCGAGCGUCUGUGUUCCAGUGUUAGCCUUCAGUAUUAUCACCCUAAGUUGUUUUCUAAGCAGUUAGAUUCAGUUUGAGUUGUGUGACAUAUUAAAGUGAUUUGUUCUUCACACGUGUGUGCGGUUCUUGGAAUAAAUGAUAAAUGUUUUGUUUCGA